CACACAUCCGUUUUACCAGUAGCAGUCGCGCACAGCAACGCGCACGCAUAAGGUAUCAUACACACGGCGUAAGUGAUCAUAUACACACGGCGUAAGUGACGCGCGCGCGCGCGAAACGCCAGUAGUCCGCGGCAAAGAUGCCGAGAGCACAUCACGCGCGUCUGUAAUACCUGUCGCAUCGUCUGAUUCUUCUGGAUUUUUUCCCGGAGGAGCUGCCCGCAACACACGAGGGACAGCAGAUUCGCGUGAGUUGCUUCCGCCCCGCAUCGAUCGAUGCUUUAUUGCGAGGAGAGAAAAGGUGUACACAGAUUAGGAACGAGGCCGAGCUAUUCGUUGUAGAAUGGCGAACGACAGGCUGGACCUGGACAAGCCCCUGUGGGACCAGAGCACCUUCCUGGGCAGAUGGAAGCACUUCGCUUGGGUCACCGACUUCCGCACCUGCGUCACUCCCGAGGCGGAGCUGCACAAGGCCAAGGAGCUUUGCGAAAAAUACAGGCUUGGCAAAGAGCCACCAGGAACGACCCGCGAGCAGGUCAUCUACGCGAAGAAGCUCUACGAGUCGUCGUUCCAUCCGGACACCGGAGAACUCCAGAAUGUCUUCGGGAGGAUGUCGUUCCAGGUGCCUGGUGGUAUGGCCAUCACCGGUGUCAUGCUGCAGUUCUACAAGACGACGACGGCUGUGGUGUUCUGGCAAUGGGUGAACCAGUCAUUCAACGCCCUGGUGAACUACACAAACAGAAACGCCAAUAGCCCGGUGACGACGACCCAGCUGGCAACGGCCUACGCAAGUGCGACAACCGCUGCCAUGAUCACUGCCAUUGGAUGUAAGAGUUUCUGGCAAAAGAGGGCCAACCCCCUCAUGGCUAGAUACGUGCCGUUCGCCGCAGUGGCUGCCGCUAACUGCGUUAACAUUCCGCUGAUGAGGCAGAAUGAAAUCCUCGGCGGUAUCGACCUCACCGACGACGAGGGCAAAAAGCUGACCAAGUCAAAGCUAGCGGCUGUGAAAGGUAUUAGUCAAGUUGUGAUAUCGAGGAUCAUCAUGUGCGCUCCUGGAAUGGUGUUGCUACCUCCUCUGAUGGAGAGACUGGAGAAAAGAUCCUGGAUGCAGAGAAUCAAAUUCCUUCACGCACCUUUCCAAGUCCUUAUGUGUGGUAUCUCAUUGACAAUAAUGGUACCAACAGCGUGUGCACUGUUCCCUCAAAACUGUUCGAUUUCCUCAAAGACUCUGCAGAAGUACGAGCCAGAGAACUACGAGCUGCUGAAGCAGAACUGCAAGGGAGGCAAAAUACCGGAGUAUCUCUACUUCAACAAGGGACUGUAAAUUAAAAGCAAAACGUUAGUUAUUUCUGAGAGAUAAAGAAAAUAAAAGAGCAAUGGAUAACAACUCUAGCAUAUCUAGAAAAAGUUCAAAAGAGACGCAAAGGAGAAGUCUAUUUUUAUGAUGUAUUGAUCUCCAAGAUAAAUGCGAAUACAAUAAUAGAAUUAAUAAUGUGUGUAAACAAAGGGAGAUUAUGAGGGACAAGUCUACGAAUUUUGUGUAACCUUGCGAAUUGCGUUUUUGCUCUGGUCUUCCACUUUUGUCGUAAUAGAUUUUAACUCGAGCAGCUGAUUGCUUUACAAUAAAAAUAAAUAAUACAAUAAGCACAAAGCAAAUUGAAUAAUGAUGAAGAAAAAGACAGUAGAUUACUAAUGCAUUUAAGAAUAACUAUUGUGUUAUUUACUUUUAAGCGUGAGAGGCAUCUGCGGAUUGCCUGAUUUUGAGAUGCUGCCAUGUAUAUCUUAAGUAUUUCGUUAAUAAAAAAAAGUGACAGUUACUAGAAA